UGCAUGCUGCAUCUACUACUCGAGUAUUCACACCCAAUAACCGGGAUUAAGAGGUGGGGCACUGUUGGUAUAUGCCUAGGGGAUAGGCUACGGGUAAUAUACUCGGCUUGAUUAAGAAAUACCCAAGGACAUCCGGACUGCUUGUGCUAUGAUAGUCCAGACUUUUAUGUGGUUUGAUGUUCCCCUAACAAGGCUUCAGCAAGGGUUAGGUGUGAAUCAACGCCAAGGCCGUUGUGACGGGAUGGAGCUCAACAACAACGCCAGACCCACUACUGAAUAUCCACCCCCUCCCCCUAGCUUCCUCAUCACUGAUCUUUCGCCGUAAUGCAUCCGUAUUGUCCCCCGCACCUAUUACUCCCACAUUAUGUGUGGAAUGAUGUGUCUGCACUUGGACUGUGCUCUGUAAUGGGCAGUUUAAUCAUUACAGCGGUCGGGAGCGCUUGGGUCAUUCUUGGACGGAGCUUGUCGGCUGUGAAUAAAGCGAUCGUUUGCUGGUUUUUAACGUGUAGGUUAUUGCCCAUUAUAUUAUUGUUUAUGCGGUUUACUUAUGAAUUACCGUACUGGUGUGCAGGCGGCCUAUUGCAUGUCUUAUUCGAGGGUGAGUUCCGCAGGCUAGAGCCCGGAUUUGUCAAUUGACCUGGUUGAAAAAUGCGACUUUGAGGCUACUUUCUCGUAUACCACGAGACCCUCUCUUCGAGAAUCGACCUACCAGCCCAGCUCUGGAAGGAAUACGCGAUCUGCGAUUCCAGAUAUCUUUCCGAGGAUACAUUUGUGCUGUCGAUUGAGCGCAUCACCGUGGUACGUGAGAAGCCUUCGACGCGUUCCGGCCCGAGAGUAACUAACGCGUGUGGGAGUUUACAUGAAGUUUCUCUGGGGUCCUCUUUCCCUUCUGGCUGCUGCAGCGACAGCCAGAAACAGUUACAACAGACAUGCCUUGCAGAUGCUUGGGAGCUUGGCGCAUAUCUACGGAUGUCUUCUUUACUUCCUAACCUCUUGGGAAGAGGGGUAUCGUCAUUGUGGGUGCCCUAUUUUUUUUUUCCCCCGUUAUCCUGUUCACCCGAGACAUCUGCUGAUGGGUACACAGGCCGCCCAGAGCCAUAUUACUUUUGGGUCUAUUUUGUUGGACUUAAUGCGCCCUGGAUAAUUAUUCCCGCCCGUUGGUUGCACGCUUCGCACACCAGUGUUUCACAGUGACUGAUAUUGCCUCAGUUUUAAUAUGCCGGUCUUCCGCAGACAUCGCGAAAGGGAUGCGGAGUGCCCAAGAGCUGGAAGGACGGAAGCAAGGCGAGUACCCCUGGGAUUCACGACAAUAGCCCUGCACCAACGCACGGUGCCACGGCUUGUGAGCAGUGCGGGUGGUGCUAGUGGUUAGUUCAAUCAGGCUUUUUCGGGGUACGAAUCUGUAUUAUUUUUGACUCGUUAAUGCUGAGUGGAAUGACCCCUCUAUUGCAUGCGGCAAGGGUGUGAAGUCUAAUCUAGACAAUCUAGUGUCGGGGUUUGGGAAGAUUUCGGGGAACCUCAUCCUAGGUAGGCGGAACCAUCGAGGGUGUUGCGCUCGUGCGUACAGUUGUAUCUACUGGAUGUUGCUAUCGCUGCAGUUUCGGUGGACGGCAUGCCAGGAGAUAAUGAUGAGAUUGGCAAAAUGGGAUCAGUCGAUUGUCCCACUUCAGUCCAUGGGUUCCUGCUGCUCAUGUGAUAUAGCAUGUUUGCACUUGAAUGCAAGAGCUCGUAUUUCAACU